UGGCGGACCAGCGGCGAACUGCAUCCUCUCAGUCGGCCGCUGAACCCGCGCGCCGUACGGUUGGUACCGUGUGUAUACCGCGCUCGACCGUCCGUCCGUCCAUCCGUUCGUACGUACGUUCGUUCGUUCGCUUGCUCGUCGUCGUCGUCGUCGUCGUCGUCGUCGUCGUCGUCGUCCGUGUACCAUUCGUCGUGUCGCUCCGUAACGCCUUCUCUUUCGAACUCUCGUCGUCGUCGUCGCGACCGAGGCCGGCGCGUUCAAGUGAAAUCCGUUCGAGUUUUUCCACUGUUUCCUUCCCCGGGACUGUCUGCCCCGACGACACUGUCGUCGUCCGGCGGCGGUGUUCCAGCCGAGGGGCAAGCGCCGGGGCCGACAUCACGGCUGCUGCUACGUGACCCGCUGCCGGCGAGACUACCGGGAUUCUGCCCCCUUGGAUUUUUCGGCGGAUCGUUCUCGACCACGCUGCUGCUGUUGCUAGUGGAUCGUCCUCUCUCGUCCCCGCGGUCCCGACGCGAAUCUCUUCUGCAUGAUUUCAUACCACCUAUAGACACCGCGUACGAUAGCGAGAGACAUCCGGUAACGACGAGGAUGUAGCCCAUGUGGCGGGGCUUUUCGACGAAAGAGAGAGAGAGAGAGAGAGUGAGAGAGAGAGAGAGAAAGAGAGAAAAAGAACCGCACGAAUUUCAAAACGAUGAUGUGCGCGAUACAGGGAAGAGGAAUUGACCGAGGGAAGAACAGGUCAGCGUAGAAGAAAGAAGGAGGGAUUUCUCUUUGCUUCCUCGCGAGAGAACACGCCGGAUGUUAUCGCGAGACUGAUAAAAACACUGCCAGGAGUAAUGACGAGCUAGAUUACCGCUUCGUCCGCUGAACCGUUCCUUGGUCGAUCUUAGCUUUCGUUCCUCGCUAACUGCCUCUCUACCUGCCCCUUCCCUCUCUGCUCCCCUUCGUGUCAGUCCUGUCUUCAUCACGUACACACGUACACGUUUAUAUUAAUAUAUAUAUAUAUAUACACACACACACGUACACCCGCUCUCUCCCUCGAGAGAUCAAAGACUGAAAAUAAAAGGUGGCGACAUGUUGGGCGUGAGUCAGCCGGGCAACACGCCCUCGAGCUUGCGGCACUCUGCGAGCUUCUCGUGCUUGCAACGCGGCACCGCCGGCGAGGGUCAUCGCGCGAGGACCUCGACGUUGUUGCAACAACCGAGUCUGCAGCUGAGCAACGGUCAUCAUCAGUACACGUCCAGCGGCCAGGCGGCAGCGGCAGCUGCGGCCGCGCAUUGCUCCCUCCUGCAGCAGCAUCAUCAGCAACAGUCCCGCGAACUGUUCGAUCCCGUCCUUCAGGACGGCAACGAUUACGGCUUCGUGCGGCUUCGACCGCGAUUGCGCAGCACGAAUGCGACCUUGUAUCACGAGGAGGAGGUAGCGGCCGCGAAGAACGCCCUGAGGGAACAGCGCGACGCCGCCGCGUUCAGCGACCGCGAGUGCGACUCCAACUUUAGAGACUGCCCGUUGAAAGUCAAGGACCAUCGCGACCUUUCGCCGAAGGGAGCGGCCAAGAAUCAGAACCCCUUGCGAGGCGCGUUGAUUCUCUUCACUUCGACGUCGUCCUGGUGGAAGGCCCGACAACGGGAGGAACAGCUGAACGCGAACAGCGGUGCCGUUGCCGCCGCUAUCAGCGCACCGUCGUCAGAGCGGAAAUGGUCGGGCACCUCGAUGGCGUCACCCUCCAACGAGAGAAAGUGGUCGUCCUCGAUGACGUCGCCUACGAACGAGCGGAAGUGGUCCGUGGGUAACAGCCUGUUGAUGUCGCCGUCGAACGAGAGGAAAUGGAACAGAUCCUCGGUUUCGUCCACAUCGACGAACCAGCAGGACCGGAAGUGGCGGUCCCUCGGCGCACUUUUGAGGACUCCCGCGAGCACGGGUGCUAACGGUAGCAGCUCUCACGUCAGUCAAAAUUCCUCCCUGUCGCACAACAUGAGCGUAUCCAUGAUCGAGAGCGAUCAUUUCCGCGAGGAGUCGCGCGGCUCGAGCUGCAAGGCGCGCUACCAACAGCCGACGUCCUACUCGGCGCGAGUGUCUCGCGUCAGUAGAGACGUUUAUCGGGAAAACGGGGAGUUUGGUCAAGUUGCCGGCAGAUCGAAGGUCAGCCGCAGGUUGUACCAAGAUAGCGAGCCGGUAAACGAGCUCGACGAGAGACACGUCCCGUUGCGUAACCGACAUCAGCUGGAUGACGCCGAACAAUGCAGGAGCAACGCUCGAGAGGGACGCGAACACUGCCGAGCCGCCGCGGAAGCACUGCAGAACGCCGUGGAGGCCCGCGGUACGACCUCCUCCACUACGCGAUCGAGCCGCGCGCAAAGCUUUUAUCUUCUGGACGACUUUCUGCGACCGCAGCCGCAGCAGCCGAGCAACAAGUACAUGCUGAAUCUCUACGUGUCCCCGUCGCACGCCACCAAGUGCGCCAACGAGCACGGCAGGUCGCACUGCGAGAUUAGGCAGACGACUUGCCAGCAGGCGAACGUCGGCAGCAACAUCACGCCGCCGCGACGCCACAACUCGAGCUCGGACAGCCUCGAGGUGGCCACCAGUCCGCUGCCGCCGCCGGUGCCGCCGCCGCCGCCGCAUCAGGCCGCCGGUAAUGCGCGGGACCGUGAACGAGGGAAUGAGAACCCGAAGGACGUGUGCCCGUGCAAACUGUGCUGGACCAAUAUGCAGAGAUCCCUUGUGGAAGAGGUGAGUAGGCGAUCCAAAGAACACGCGACAGAGGAGAAGGGAAGGAGUCCAGGAACGUUGCACAAGGAUGUCGGCGGUGCUGGUACGAAGGUCAGCGAGAAAACCGUCGGUGGCGUCGGCACGGCGACCCUCACCACGCUCUCCUCCAUUAAUAACGCAUCCAACACUGGCCGAAAUAAAAACAACCCCGUAUCUCACGAGAAAUUGCCGUCUUUCUUCAACAGCAAGCCGACGCGAGUGGACAAGACGGACAACAACAAUGCAAACAAUUCUAACAGCACGAGCAACAAUAUUCACAAUAUGCCGCUGCAUGAACCCAUCAGCGCUACUUCCCCCGAAGUAUACGCCGGGAGACUGCCCAUGACACCCCAGGAGGCGGUGAAGUACUACGGCUCCAGACUGACGGAAUUCGAGCGCGCCGAGAUCGAGAAGUACUCGGAGAUCUGGUACCUAGGCCUCUCGGCCCACAAAAUCCACGGCGAGGAGGUGUCCUCGCAGAACGGCGGUUACGACGACGAAAACGGCAGUUACAACAAGGUCCUGCACGAUCAUAUCUCCUACAGAUACGAGAUCCUGGAGGUGAUCGGCAAGGGAAGCUUCGGCCAAGUGAUCCGAGCGCUGGAUCACAAAACGGGACAGCACAUCGCCAUCAAGAUAAUCAGAAACAAGAAGAGAUUCCACCAUCAGGCUCUUAUCGAAGUGAGAAUCUUGGAGCAUCUCAGAAAGAAGGAUUUGGAGGCGAACUCGCAGCACAAUGUGAUACACAUGCUAGAAUAUUUUUACUUCAGGAAUCACCUUUGCAUCAGUUUCGAAUUAAUGAGUCUGAACCUGUACGAGCUAAUCAAAAAGAACAAUUAUCAAGGAUUCAGCCUAAGCCUAAUCCGUCGUUUCGCCAACUCGCUAAUUAGUUGCCUGAGAUUGCUCUACCGAGAGAACAUCAUUCACUGUGACUUGAAACCGGAAAACGUGCUGCUGAAACAACGGGGAAGCAGCUCGAUCAAAGUCAUCGAUUUCGGCUCGUCGUGUUACAGUCACCAGCGCGUUUACACGUACAUACAGUCGAGGUUCUACAGGAGUCCGGAAGUGAUUCUCGGUCUUCCCUACGGCACGCCGAUCGAUAUGUGGAGCCUGGGCUGUAUCUUGGCCGAGCUGUAUACGGGGUAUCCGCUGUUUCCAGGCGAGGACGAGAUAGAACAGCUCGCCUGCAUUAUGGAGGUUCUCGGUCUGCCACCGGAGCACAUUAUCAAUCAUGCCACUCGUCGUAGGCUCUUCUUCGAUCAGAAGGGAAGCCCGCGAUGCGUGACAAACAGCAAGGGCAAGAAGAGAUGGGCAGGUAGCAAGAACCUCUCAAUGGCGCUUCGGUGUACCGACAUGCUCUUCGUAAACUUCGUUAGCAGAUGCCUCGAAUGGGAUCCAAAGAAGCGUAUGACCCCCGACGAGGCGAUGCGCCACGAGUGGCUGACUUCGUCGUCGUCUUCGCACGUGAGCUCCUCCUCGUCGGCGAUAACCUCGUCGACGGUGAACGCGAGCGCGAAUACGACGACAACGAGCAUCGAGACGCCGCGGGAAUCCGCGCACGCUCCGCAGACGGUGAGCGUGACUGUGAACGCGCCGCGGCAACGAGCGACAACGAUGGAGGAUCCGCCGUACACGAUGUACCGGCUGUACAAGAGUCGCAAGUUCGUCCAGAAGGUCUCCACGGGCACCGACGUCACCGACAACGGCGGCAGCGGCGGCGGCGGCCUGAUGGUAAAGAGCAAGUUGAACGGCAGCGCGAGCAGUCACGCCCUGGCGAGCAGCACGCAGACAGCGACGUCGAGACACGCGUCGACCGGCGACAUCGUUGCGAGCCUAGAUCCGAAUCUCGACGACUCAGGCACGUUCCUGCCGCCGAUAUUGUGAAGUCGGGUUUGCGCCAGCCACUUCUAAACGCGCUAUACUCGCGUACCGACGCGAUAACCAGGCUCGCCCUUUGCACUGCCGCGGGAAAACGCGUAGAUGUGUAUGUCACUUGACGUACGUGAGGAGCGGGUGCAACUGAGUAGAAAGCGCGUGUAGAACUGGCUGGCCGGUCCGACGUUUCUCGAUGCCAAACGGCUAGUUAAACGCAGAGUCGCUAGUCUCGGCAUGUAUCGAGCUAUGAGGCCAAAAUGACGAUCUGACGACGAGAGAAGAGCGCGCGGGCGUGACGACGGCAAUAUAGCGAUCGCGUGAUCGAUUCGCGCGCUCCCAGGAACUCUGGCGAUCCAAUGUCACUCAGGUAAUCGUAACGAACUCGCGCACGCGCGCAUUAUCGUAGUUAUUCGCGAAAAACUUGUAGACCUACUGUCUACGAUGAGAAUACCAGCAAUCAUUAGCGUAUACCAAUCACGUUUCGACAUGGACCAUAGUACUUAUCUGGUUCGAAUGUUUUCUCGCGCCUGUUACGAAGCGCACGAUGUUAAAUAGGUAACGAAAUCUUGGCCGUAGGUAUAAAAAAAAAAAAAAAUUACAAUUGAAAGUUUGCAUAGAAUGCGUAAUUUGCCUUGCUGCCGACGAUUUGUCGUCGGGCUACGUUUUCAACGGUAAAAAAAAAAAUCGCACGAGUGAAUGCAAUCGGAAAGUAUUCGAUAUAGUAGCACAUCAUACUUUAGAUAACUACGCGAGUGCAAGCGGCGCGAUACGAUGCAUGUAUCGUGGCAAACGUUGUACGAUAGAAAGAAGCGAGGAGCUCGAGGCAAAGCACAUGGUCAAACAACGAUUCGCCCGACAUUGCGGCAUAACGUCAGGGAUUACCAUCGAAUUACGGUCGCGCCGUAAAGACCUGAGUCGUUCGAGACCUGUGUCGCCAACACAGGGUCGCGCGAUUAAUAACGAAGCGUCAAGGCGAAGAGUAACUAAUACGUGAAGCGUGCCCCAGUUUAACGAGGCCUGAGUAGUCUUAUUGUGAUAUUAAACUACCACUGUCUUACUUAGAUCUCUCUGAUAUUAAGAAGUAACGAUCGCUAAUAUAAUAAUUUCAAUUUACUAUUAAUAUUAAUCAUUAUUUUCUUAUUAUCUGUAAUAAUCGCUAUAUCGCUACUAUUACCGCAAAGAUAUAGCGGCAUACAAGUAACAAGGAUUAUCAUCGAUAUAAUGACAGAGUUAACACUACUUAUGUACGUAGACAUGUACAGAUUUUAAUUACGCGUUUUUGAACAAGUCCCGGAGCGGCAACUGCUGCAGCAGCAUGCUAGUUUGCUUGCUACGGAUACGUAAAAAAGAAAAAAAAUAAAAAAAAUAAAACAGCCCGAUAAUUUUCAGUGAUUUUUCAGUGAACUUUCAGUGAUUCCUCUAUUACGCCGCUACACCGCGCUUCUGUUGUAAUUAAUCGUCUGCGCGACGUAACGCAUGCUUUAUUACGUCGAAAUUAAUUAAUUAACGUUGAUUAACGCCCCGUGAGAUUCCUCUCCGCCUUCGCAGUACUACCUAUUUACAUACUGCUCGUAGCUUCCUGACAUCAAAUAGCGAUUUAUGAUUUAGCGCACCUUUUCGGAAUCAUCAUAAGCAUUUCGCGAUAUAUGCAGAGGAUUUGACAAAAAAAAACAAAAACCUAUUGUAUAGUAUUAUAAUGUUAGGUUAAUUUUAGACUUGAUAAUUGUUCGAUGUGCCCGUACCCAUUCUAAAGUUUCGCAAGACACACGAGCCCGUAAUAAUAACAUCAUUAUGAUGUUAGAAACGUGAGAUGCGUCACGCUCCACCGUUUGCUGCUUUCGAGCUUCCACCACGGAAUGUUAUCUUCCGUUUUUUUACAUGCUUCUUCAAUUUUUAAAGGUCCUACUAUAUGUACGAAACCGUCAAAGGCUCUACUAAAAUUGUAAAUUGUUUCAUUGUCAUGGAUCGAAAAUUGGAGCAGAUACAUGAAUAUCAAUACUCGCAAAUUACGAUCGCAUAUAAGAGACUGAAAUAAAUCAUUAUUUUACAUUGCUAACGAAAACAUGGCGAAAUUGUUCCUAAUAGUUCGCUCUGCAAAUCGAUAUGUCGCCUUUACUUUUAUUACAUUUUUAACGAACUCGUUUAGUUCCUCUGUGAAGCAUAUUGUUUGAUUCGCGGAAACGUCUCACGAUGAUAAUUGAAACGAAUAAUAAAAAUCGGACUUGCUGUCACACAAACAGUCUCACUUUAGCCCAAGAACUUUUAGAACAAUUAAUAUCGUACCAAUAGUAGUGGUAUGGCGCGACAUAAUCGGUGAAUGGCCAAUAAAACGCGAGCGGAGGUAUGUUAUAAUAUUAAGAAUUACAUAUAUAAAUAUAUUAUUCGUAUGCGGCGAAUCUGCCCGAACGAACGACUGACGAAGUAGCGCAUAUUCUAUAUGAUACACAUGAUACCUGUGGCGGGUUCGUAGCAGUCGCUCUCGAGUAAUCGUGUCGACGUGUAACGACGAUCAUCACGAAAUCUCUCACGGGUAAGCAUUUCGUUCGAUUACUCCAUCGAAAAAAAAAAGAGAGAAAAAAAACAAAAAAUUUGACGACUAAUGUCUACGAGGUGACGAUUUCUAGGGAACGAGAUAUAUCAAAUUGUGUAUAAAUAUGUGAUUGCGUGUGCGUGUAUGCGUGCGUGUCUGCGAGAAAAAGACUCGUCUCGGAGAGAAAAAGAGAGUGUGAGAAAGGGAGAGUGUGGCCGUAUGAUUAUGUGCACACAUAUAUCUAUUAUAUAAAUAUAUAUAUAUACCAUUAUACACGUGAGGCGCGGAGACGCGCAAGGGCAAAACGAGUUAAGUCUAGGAUACGACAUAGGAAAGACAGUUAGACGAAGGGCGUUCGCGAAGAACACAUACGACUCCGAUCUACGGAGUGCCCGCCCGCCGCCCUCUAAAAAAGAAAAAAAAAAUAAAACACUGUUCAAUUGUACAGUCUUAAGUUUUUAGUUGUGUUCACUAUUGUAUACAGCGGGAUCAAAUUAUAGUAUCUGUGUAAAUGGGACGGUUGUAUAAUCUGCGUGACGUGCAACACUUAUACAAGACCACGUGCACACUCGGCACGCAUGUGUCGCGCGUACGCCUAAAGAAACAUACAAGAAGCAUGUUUGUACAGCGAAUGGCACACUAGUGAUCGGCGUCGGUUGAUUCGACUCGAACUGAAUCCUUGUCUUUUGAAAGGGACAUAGAAAUCGCUUAGACCGCGAAUGAAAGCCGAUGAAGCCGGAGCUAAAACGAAAAAAAUAAUAAUAAUAAUAAAGGGACAGGGCAUGUGCUAUUUCAAUACCAUCCGAGCAACAGCGAAAAUAUCCGUAAAAAUUCAUGUCCUUCAAUUGAAAGUUACGCGAUUUCGCACCUGAUCGAUUCCUCGUUCACGAAUGAAUAGUCAUUGCCGUACGCCGCGACUUCUCCAUACGGCGCGGACGAAAAAGGGAGACAGUCGCUUUUUCUAGUCCAGGAUGUAACGAACGUGCUCCGAACGUACACGCACAUCUCAUUUGAACGCGAUGGAGAGGGAAGAUAAGAGAUUCAGCAAAACAGAAUAUUCCGCGCGGCGUAUAUCCGUUAGGUCAGUGUGCAACUAAUUAACGACUUUUAACGACGCUAUCGAAUUAAAUUAAGUGUAACUAUGCGUGCGUGACCCCUCUCCCCUUUUCGCGACGGAUAACGUGUCUGAUGAAGAGGACCCUGCGGGGCGUUCAUCGCAAAGAGCCAUAGCUGCGACGGCCGAGCCUCGUAGAUCAUCCUAGUAGGACAAUCAUAGAAAUACGCGUUUUUGUGUUGGACGCGCUAAUAAGUUUUCAUUAGAUUGAUAGAGACGCGAGCGACCGUGUGACGAGGGAGUAUCUCUCGUUUGAGAAGCUCGCGCUAAUGCGUAAAAUGAUCCCGCGGAAGCGCAUCGCGAAGGAUCAUUUAGAUUAUUAAACGAUGGCCACGCGCGUGCGCUUCGCUCUUCUAGGCUCGCAAGGGAUGGAGAUCUCGGUACCCGGAUCCGCGCGGAAGUAAGAAAUGUCUCGAGAGCACGGGGAAGAGGUAUGAGAAAGAACGAUUUUGAUAAAAAUGUGGGAGUGAGAGAAUUCACAAAGAGAGAGAGAGAGAGAGAGAGAGAGGAGUGAUUUGUAAUCUGGCGUUCAACUGUGGAUGUCUUGUUAUAAUCGUGUAAGUGCGAGUUCGUCAAUUUCUGCCCAGACUUAACUAUAGCAAACGAGAGAAUUGCUAAAUAAUAAAUGAUUAUUAUAAUGACAUUAGUACAUAUAUGUAUAUACUAUAUACAUAUAUCUACUGUAUAUGUAUAUAUAUACAUGUGUGUGUACUAAUACGAUACUGAAGCAUCAUCAUCUUUUGUAUCAUUUGUUCGUUUGUUUUUAUCUUACUGCGUUUGUCUUUCAUUAUUAAUUGCAAUACCAAGAUGACUCAGUUUCGACUCGGUAUCUUGUGUGUAAAUAUAUAACUAAUAAAAAAA